GCUGUACAGCCACCAAAUGUUCUUACCAGUUGUUUGGUUUGAUUGAACUGGGGGAACGAAUUUGGGAAAUGUAAAUAGAUCUCCAGAAAUAGAAAUAAUCGUGGGUUGCAACUCCAAUACGUAUAAAUUACAUAGUUCUCACACUAUCCACAUUUUUCCUUUCACUACCUACUCUCAUCAACAAACCAGAGAAUUCCAAACACCGGUUUACAACGUUCAACCAGAUUCAGAUCCAAACCAUUUUACUUAGGUACUCAAUUUCAAAGCAAAUUCCAUAUUGAAGACUCAUAGCUAAUAUGUGUUCCAAAGCAAAUCACACACACCAUGGAAGACCCUGCUACAGCAUCGUGGGAUGUGAAUAUCAGCGACGCUGAUUUUGAAAAGCUCAAAGCAGGUUUCGAGGCUGCGGAUAUGAAUCACCGAUGGGAAAUUGCUGCUAAGGAUACGGAUGAGAAUGGUAUCAUACCGAUUCACAUCAGUCGAAGUUGGACCGAGGAGGAUCAAUACAUACUUUCUGCAACGCCAAUUGACGGUGGUGCGAAGAUCAUAUCUAUCACAUGGGAACAGAACAGGGGCGAAGUUCGUAUUGGGGAGGAUUAUGCCAAGAAAGAAGCAGUGAUUGUUUGCAGAAUGAUGCUUCGUUGCGAUUUUGAUGCGCUUCCGUUCUAUGACAAGAAAGCUCUGUGGCAUCAGCUAUAUGCAGGAGGGGGCACAGAGUAGGGAUUAAUUAGGCCGGUAUAUCAUUCUGCUCUAUUAUAGGUUCUUUGGGGCGGUAGUCCUUAGUCUUUUAUUCACAUCCCUAAGGUAUUGAUUUAUCCUCUGUACUAAAAUUCUAUCCGAUUAUUCCUUCAUGGUCUAUAACCUUGAUAUAAAUUAUCAUUUGAGAAACAAUAU